AUGCCAUUCAAACCGCCUGAAGUCGUCAAAUGCCCAAAAUGCAAUCAGAACGUUUAUGCAGCUGAAGAAGUUCCAGCAGCUGGCAAAAAAUGGCACAAGAUGUGUUUCAAGUGCGGCCUUUGCAAGAAAAUGUUAGAAGCAAUGACAAUGGCUGAACAUGAAGGUCAAGUUUACUGUAAACAAUGCUAUGCCCGUAAAUUUGGACCAAAAGGUUACGGUUUUGGCCAAGGUGCUGGCACAUUAGGCAUGGAUACUGGUGAACAUUUAGGAAACAAAAGCGGUUCCGAAAUGACAAACAAACCAAAUUAUGCGCCACCGCCAGGUGCCGGCCUACACGAAUAA